CCGCUAAAAGAGCCGUGGGACGGGAGACUCAUCAAACAUUUGACCAGCAACCACUCAACCCAAUACGCCUCACGACUCCACAAGACACAGUUAAACCAUGUUGGAAAUAAACGACUUCAUUGUCGCGAGAGGCGGAGACCCCGAGAAGAUCAAGGAAUCCCAAAGGCGGAGAGGAGCGCCCGUGGAAGUUGUCGAUCAGGUCAUUGAAUUGUUUGAGACAGCGCGGAGAGAACGGUAUGCGGUAACUCAAAUCGGUUCCGAGAUCAACGCCAUCCAAAAGCAGAUUGGACAAAAGAAGAAGGCGAAGGAGGAUGCGACCGACCUACUAAAACAGAAGGUCGAGUUAGAGAAUAAGAAGAAAGACCAGGAGGCUGUCGCUGUGGCCAAACACAGCGAGUUGCUGGCCCUGGCGAAGACGAUUGGCAACUACGUGGACGACUCCGUGCCGGUACAUACCGACGAAGCGAACAACAGGGUGGAGAGGACUUGGGGGGAAGUCUCUGAGAAAGCUGCUCUUUCGCACCACGAGGUGUUGCUCAAGCUCGGCGGAUAUGAUCCCAACAGAGGCGUCAAACUGGUCGGCCACAGGGGCUACAUGCUCACUGGCCCGGGAGUUUUCCUGAAUCUGGCCCUCGUGAACUACGGCCUCUCAUUCCUCUAUGCCAAAGGAUAUACCCCCAGCCAGCCCCCAUACAUGCUGAACAAGGAACAGAUGAGCCGCACGGCUCAGCUCAGCCAGUUUGACGAGGAGCUCUACAAGGACCGUUACCUCAUUGCCACUUCGGAACAGCCCCUCUCAUGCGCUCACGCAAAUGAGUGGCUGCAGCCCAAAGAUCUCCCUAUCAAAUACGCAGGAUACUCGACAAAUUUCCGCAAGGAGGCUGGAUCACAUGGCCGUGAUGCAUGGGGCAUAUUCCGCGUCCAUCAAUUCGAGAAAAUCGAACAAUUCAUUUACUGCACGCCCGAGGAGUCACCCAAGUGGCUUGAGGAGAUGUUGAAGACGUCCGAAGAGUUCUACCAGUCGCUGGGACUGCCGUACCGGGUAGUCAGCAUCGUCUCUGGUGCGCUCAACAACGCCGCUGCGAAGAAGUACGACCUUGAGGCGUGGUUCCCAUUCCAGCAAGAGUACAAGGAGUUGGUGAGUUGCAGCAACUGCACGGACUACCAGACACGAGAGCUGGAGGUCAGAUUUGGUGUCAAGAAGGGCGGCAAGAACGCGGAAUCGGAAACUGAGCGGAAGCAAUACGUCCAUGCUCUUAACGCGACCUUGUGUGCUACCCAGCGCACACUUUGCUGCAUUAUGGAGAAUUACCAGACACCCGACGGUACGGGCAUGAAAGUGCCGGAAGUACUGAGAAAGUAUAUCCCUGGAGAGCCCGAAUUCCUACCGUUCGUGCAGGAAGUGCCGCAAGAGAAGGAGGCCACCAAGGUCCUGCCACGGAGGUGAGCGAUGAUGGCAGGCGUAGUUACGAAUAGACUUCUGUAUGGAUCGAUCUCUUUCCCGUUAUCCGGAGCUUUCUGAAUGAUGCAAGGAGCGAGAUAGCGGUCACGUUUGUCAAGCAGGUCAUGCACAAGAAGCCGAUUUCGAAUAGAUGAAACGUGAAAGAAGGUAUCAUAUCAUCAAUCCGUCCAGCCAA